AUGAAAAUUCUUUGGGGAAACACAAUUGCUAUUGUCAUUUUUUAUUUCUUGAAAAAUACAAAUGCAAUACAGUUAUAUGGAAAUGAUUUAAAAUUUGACGAAAGUUUUAAACCUAAAAUAGCUUCUGAUAAAAAAAAAAUUUUAGAAGACAAUCAAUUUCAAGAAUCCUUAAAAUCAUUUUUAAAAAAUAAUGGAAAUGACGAUUUUUUAAAAAAAAAUGCAAAUGAAAAUGAAAACAUAUUUGGAUCUGAUAAAUUUAUUGAAGAUAAUAAAGAAUUCAUAAAUAAACAAAUUUUAUCUGACUUAUAUAGUAAUUUUAUUAUUACAGUAGUAAAUGAUAAUACUUUAAAUUUCUUGGAUAAUAUUAAGUCUAAUAAUGAAGAAAAUACUGAAUUCCAAAUAGAAUUUGAAGAAAGUUGUUCUCCAUUUUUUUGUGAAAAAGUUAUGAAAGCAAAAGAAAUUGAAUCUAAAAAUAAAAGCAAUGAAAGGGAAAUCGUUUUACAUCAAAAUGAUAACUCGAAUAAAGAAAUUAUUGAUAAUAUGAAUCAAUCUGAACAAAAUAAUGAUAUAGAUAAUCAGAAUAAUGAAGAAUUAUUUGCUAAUCUUGAUUCUAUACUUGAUAAGACAAACCCUAACGGAAAAGGAGAUGUAGAUGCUAUCUAUUCCCGAGAAAUUGAUGGCAAUCAAGAUAAACAAAAAAUAAUUUUAACAGAUGGAACGAAUGUAUAUGUAUUAGAAGAAGUAGUACAAGAUAACAAUAACUUUAUGGAUGAACAAAAUAUAAAUCUUAGAAAUGGGGAUCAAGAAAUAAAAAUGCAUAUACCCCAAAACAAUAAUAAAGUAGAAAAUAAUGAUAUUAAUGAAUUUUUUGAAAAUAAAGAUAUAUUAAAUAAUUUUAAUUUAUAUGAUAAUGAUAAUAAUGGGGAUGGAUAUGUUAAUAGUGUUUAUACAGAUAGUGAAAGAGGAAUUAACGAACAUAAAAUGGAUUAUAACGAAAAUUCUGAAAAUAAAAAUGAAAAUAUAUCUGAUAGUAUUGAUGAAAGUAUAUUGAAUAUGACUGAAGAAGAAUUAUCACAAAAAAUUUUUGAUGAUAUAAAGAUGAACAAUGAGGAUAAAAUAGAAUGUCAUAAUUAUUCUAAUAGCCAAGAUAAAUGCAAUAGUUUUAAAAAAUGUACUUUUGUUAAUAUUGACAAUAAAGAUGUUUGCUUCUUGGAUUACAAUUACAUGCUUUUCUUAAAAAACACAAAUUGUACUUUGCAAUCGAAGUCCUCUCUACUCUCCAUCUCAAAGGAUCUACUCCAGAACGAAAUUAUCAACAGACAAAUGUUCCAACUACUAAGAAACAGCAGCAAUAAUAAUUUUAUUUGUGACACAAUUACUUAUUCAUUCCUUACAAGUGUUGUUGACAAUACAAAUUAUGAUGACAUAUUUUCUUAG